AGAUCCAGAGUUUCCGUGAGCGGCUGACGGAGGCAGCCCAGAAGGCCCACCUAAAGACACCCGUCCCUGGGAAGGCCAACGGGGUCCUGGUGCUGAACCAGCCCCUGCUCAUCGAGUCCUACGUGGGUCUGAUGUCCUUCAUCGGGAACCAGAACAAGCUGGGAUACUGCCUGGCACGGGGAAACAUCGGCUUUUAAACAAUGCUUUAGCUAGAAUCUUUGAAUGUACAUUACUACUUGGGUUAUUUAAUCAUAGUUUGCACUUGUGGCCUAGUUACAGAUAUAAAGUAACAUUAUAAAUAUGUUUAAUCUUGUGUCUAAUCUUAGCUUGGUCAUUCCUUAUAGUUCACGCUCUGGUUUUAACUAAACUUUAGCUAGACGUUAGAUGUAAUUUCUUUCUGUUUCUUUGUUUACAUUCAUUAUUUUGGCCUAUUUACAAAUUUGAAGUCGUUUUGUAUAAUUUUAAUAGUUGGAAGGAUAUGUUUCGAUGCUAAUUUAAAAUGUAUUUUUAGCGGUCAAUUUUGAAAAUGUUAGUGUUUUGUUAGUUUUAGUUUUCUGUCGUGUUAAAGUGUAAACGUAGUUCCCCUUUAGGGUUCAUCUCCUACGUAGUUACCGUGCCAAAUUAGUUCCUGCCGUCCCAGAGUUGAUAAAGUUUAUACAAUACCGUGA